GCUGUCUCUAAUGGCAUGUGGCGAAUGUGACGUGAGAAUUUGCGACCCCAACAUGGAUGAGGGUUUCCUUGUGGAAGGAUGGAGAAGUGUAGACUCUUCAGUUACACCGGCUGACUUUUUUCGUUUCCAAGAUGCAGUGAAUUUAUGGAUAGAAAGACCAAAUGUUGUGAAUCGUCGCCUGAUGGGUGCACUUAUUGUGAAGAAAAUGUUUGGUAAACGUUUGACUGGAAGUGAUCUUUUGUCUAUUAUUGAUGCUGAAAGCAAGUGUUUAUUUCAAGAUACCGAUUUAGAUCAUAAAACGUGGCAGUGUGAAGGGGGUGAUUAUCGUUUUGGCCCGGAAGAUAAAGAAGCUUCUGGUUCCUUUGAAACUCAAUGUUUUUCGAAGGAUUCAGCAGAGCGUCAAGACGGUGAAGAAUCAGUUUCCUGCAUUGUUCGUAAGUUAAUACCAAGACAGGCUCAUGGUGAAUCAACGGGUGCCAUGUUGGAGCUAGUCAUUCUAGAAAGAAACAAAAGUCGAGUUUGCUUUUGUCCACUUUCACCUAUGGCAAUGGAGAAAGGUUUAAAAAGUUACGAAGAUCUCUUGGACAUCUCCAAGUCAUACUCAUUUGUCUAUCAUCAGCCAUCUUGUAAAGGAAAACCUGCAAGAGUUUCACUACUAGUGAUGGACAGUGCAACAUUGUCUGAAAAUGGAAGAGAUGGGAUAUCAUGUCCUACAAUUCACUGGCUGAAGGAUAUCUUACUUCCUAAACUUUGCAAGUGGGCAGGAGAAGUUCAUGAUAGCCAAGUUAGUAGAGGUUCAUUAAGACUUGUCCCUUUGGAUCAGUACACAAAGAUUUAUCAACGCCUCAAGCAAGACUAUGGAGAAAAGUUUGUAAAGAUGUGGCCAGAAAGAACAGACCCCCAGAAAUUUGUAUAUGAAGAUAUUGCUAUAGCUUCAUAUUUGCUGCUCCUUUGGAAGAAGGAGAGACAUGAGAAGAAUCUUAAGCAGAAGCAGAGCUUUGUUGAUCUUGGAUGUGGAAAUGGAUUCCUGGUUCACAUUCUCAGCAAAGAAGGGCAUCCAGGAAGUGGUAUUGAUUUGCGUCGACGUAAAAUUUGGGAUCUGUAUGGUGGAGAUACCUCACUCCAGGAAAAGGCAGUGAAUCCUACUUUACCUAGUCUGUUUCCAGAUGUUGACUGGCUCAUUGGCAAUCACUCUGAUGAACUUACUCCCUGGAUACCUGUAAUGGCUGCUAGAUCGUCGACCAUGGCUCAAUAUUUCGUGUUACCAUGUUGCUUGUUUGACUUUAACUGUAAGUUUAACAGGAAAAAUAGUAAGGUGACGCAGUAUCGAGGUUACUUGGAUUUUGUGUACGAUGUGGGAGAAAAAUGUGGUUUCCACGUAGAAGAAGAUUCAUUAAGGAUUCCUUCUACCAAAAGGAUCUGUCAUAUUGGACGACCAAGAACAUUUACUGAGAACAAUGAUGACUUGCGAAUCAUAUCAAUUAAGGAUAUGAUACAAGAGAGAGGUUGCAAUCUUGAUGAUGAAAAACCACCUGAAACUUUGAGAAACAUCACUUCCCAAAAGUUUAUGAAAGAUAGCGUUUUGUUUCAGUCUUGCGCGACAAAUCACGUAGCACCUCAUGAACAAAGUACAGGCGCUGUGGACAUCCAACGACAGGACCUUCAGCCUCAUGCUACUGAGGGCUUGCUGUAUGGAGGGAACGCCAGCAUUCAAACCACUGCCACCAAGUCUUAUUCAACUAUUUCUAAACAAUCGCCCUCCAGUUUUCAGCCUCGUGCUCCAAUGGAAUCAGUACGAAACUGUACAACUUUAGAAAGAUCGCUCAAAGAAAAUAUUGUCAGUGUUGUAGCAAGGUACUUGUUGGGUUUACCUCUUUCAAGUGAUAAUUUUUCGAGCCCUUUAAGCUCUAUUUCAAAGGCUGACAAAGAUGGUAAACGUGCAGGAGCCUUUGCAUCCAAAUGGCGAAAAGGAGGUACUAUGCAAAUUUGUGAAGUAGCUAAAUUGUUUGACAAAGACACUCUGGUUCAACUUAAGCAUGAAUGUGGAGGUCUUCAGACCUUGUUGCGAAAUCACUAUCAUAUUUUCAAAGUUGCAGGCGGUUUGAUUGAAAUGAAGGAUUGGAGUCAAGAAUCCUUAUUCCCUGGUGCAAAGAAACGUGAUUUAGGAAGGAAGCUGCAAAGAUCUUACGCAUUAAGGAAGACUUCAUUUUGUUGGUUUUACUUACAUCAUCCUGAUGGAUGUCCAGUACCAGCGGAGAAUUGUCGUUAUGCACACACUACAGAUGAUCUAAGAGAACGACCCUCAGCAGAAGUCCUAAAUAGUUUAUGAGUAUUAAGGUCAUCCAAUAAGGUUUUUUAAACUCUCUAAAAGAAAACGAUAAGAGACCAAGAAGAAAAGAGGUUCCUGUGAGGUUCAGAAAUCGUGAAGAACUGAGUAAUCAAAGACUCAAAACCACAAACUAAUAUCCAAUGCUGUUUGCACUUAAGUUUUCUGUCACCUGAUUGGAUUUUCCUUUGCAACACAGUAACAUUCCAUCAAUAACGUAAAUGAUACUGGUGUGAUCAGUUUUUUCGAGUUUCAUAUUGUUAGUUGACAAAGGCACAGUAAAUAGGCUUCGACCAAUGUAGGUCAGAGGAAUUCAUUAAAAGGAUUGGGGUCAUAAUGUCAAA